GACGCAACACGAACCACCACACGGCAUCAACUCGAUCGGCCAUCUCUCGCUUCACCUUUCUUGUUUCAACGUCAUCUCUAUGCCCACGCCUACGCAGUCGCCAGAAUUUUCCACGACGAUUCUUGCGGUCUUUGGCAGCUGCCCUGUCCAUCCGACCGUUUCCAAAACGGCGCCAGCCCGCGAGACGUUCGACGCCAUUCGCCCCGACGCGUUCGAAGCAACUGCCUCCAAUCGCCGUUCCUCCGCCCGUCCUUUCCCGACGCCACGGCCACGUAUCGAGAAAGUUGCGUUUGCGUUGGACACUUAAUUCUACUUCCGCUCGCAUAGCGCGCCUGGGCAGUCGCUUCGUCACGGGCAUACCUCGCCAAUUGACAUCGCCCGCGGUGCGCGGCCUCAUGCGAGCGCUUGCGUCCCCAUGGGUAAACACUCCCGGUAUGGUGUCAUCCUCGAUGCCGGUUCCUCGGGGACCCGCAUCUACGUGUACAAGUGGAAGCAUCCCGUCGCCGCAGCCAAACAUGCCUCAACGAGCGAGUUGCGGAGCUUGCCAAAGCUGAAAUUGAAGAAGAGCAAAAAGAUCCAUCCCGGCGUGUCCACAUUUGCCCAGGAUGUCGCCUCCGUGGGACCGGACCAUCUCCAAGCGCUCAUCGAUGUAGCCCUAAAGGAGGUGCCUGCAGCAAUGGUCCCCGAGACCCCCGUCUUUCUUAUGGCUACCGCAGGCGUUCGAUUUCUCCCUAAAAAUCAGCAGAGCGACCUUCUGCAGGGCAUAUGCGACUUCUUUCGCAAGAACACGAUGUUCGGCCUACCGGACUGCAAUUCGCACAUCCAGGUUAUUUCUGGCGAGACGGAGGGUCUGUAUGGCUGGCUCGCUGCCAACUACCUCUUAGGUGGUUUUGAUCAUCCUGAGGAGCAUGCCCACGGCAAAGGACAUCAUACAUAUGGCUUCUUGGAUAUGGGAGGGGCAUCAGCCCAGAUUGCCUUUGCCCCCAAUGCCACCGAGGCUGCGCUGCAUGCGAACGACCUCAAGCUUGUUCGUAUGCGCCGCAUAGACGGCUCCCCGGUGGAGCAUCGUGUUUUUACAACCACUUGGCUUGGCUUCGGUGCCAAUAAAGCUCGCGCCCGAUACGUCGACAGCCUCAAGGAAAACUACGCAGACGAUGCCCUGGAGAUGCCCGAUCCCUGCAUGCCACGCGGCUUGCGUACAACGCUUGACGGCAAGCCCCUGGCCGGCAACGCGUCAAACAAGCCUGCUCUUAUUGGCACCGGCGCCUUUGAUGAAUGUCUGCGAAAAACCCAUCCCCUACUGCGCAAAGACGCCCCCUGCGACGAUCGACCCUGCCUGCUCAAUGGCCAGCAUGUUCCCGCAAUCGACUUUGACGUGAACCACUUCGUUGGUGUGUCCGAGUACUGGCAUACCACGCAUGGCGUCUUCGGCAAGGAGGAUAGAGCCUACGAUCUUUCCACAUACCAGCAUGCCGUUAUGGAGUACUGCAGCCGCGAUUGGACGGCCAUUGAAAGUGGAUUUGACAAGCGAAAGAAAACCCUCGAGCAAAAGACGCAAGACGCUCGAGAGGCGUGUUUCAAGGCCUCGUGGCUGAUCAAUGUCCUACACGAAGGUAUAGGUAUCCCGCGACUGAGUCUGGAAAGCGUUCCUAAUCCCGGGAUCAACGCCACCAAGGACGCUGCGGAGAAGGCAAAGGAAAAGGGGUUCCUGAGCCCUUUUCAACCUGUGGACAAGAUCGACGGCGUCGAAGUGAGUUGGACGCUUGGGAAGAUGGUCCUUUACGCUGCUGGGCAGAUUCCGGACCAGUCAACGGCUUCGCUGCCGGUAGGGUUUGGAAGCAAUGUAGCGUCAGGCACGCCCCCCGACUUUGAGCAUGCCGGGUCAAGACCACUUCACUCCAUCUCAAACUCGGACGAUGGUGGCGACAAUCUCAGCGUGGCGCCCAACAAACCGACUCUGGGCCUCGCUGUGAUUAUCCUUUUCCUUCUUAUUGCGGCCUACAUCCUCCGCAAGCCAGACAGAAGACGACGGCUGUUGAGUGUUGUUCGACGAAGGCGUCGAUCCGGCUCGGGACGGAAGCCCACCAGAGGGGCGCUGUCCUUAGCCAGCAAAUUGUUUGGACGCAACACAGUGGCGUAUGAACGAGUAAUGGAAGAGGGAGACGCCGCCGAGUUCGAGCUUGACGACGUGGAUUCUGAUGAGUACGACUACUCCGACGGCAGCGAAGGCUCGCGGACGGGGAAGAGCCGGGGCAUCUCUACACCUCGCCUCAACGUUGAGCGAUUCGAGACCCAGCCGACGUCUGUGAUGGACCGGAAUGGCUUGGCGCUUCGCACAGAGAGUCGCGAGAGACUAGCGCCGUCACUGCAGAUGCUCAACGCCGGGCGGCGGAGCAGAGCAGGCAGUCCGACAAGACUUAAAAGCCCCUUUAUCACGGCAGCGGAAGAUUAGUGCCUUGGGCCGUCAAAUUCGAGUGUUCGGCGGCCGGGAAGUCGCGUUCAUAAGAGUCGUGCAAUGUCGGUGUAGGUGUUGGCUGGCGAACCACAUUCUCGACCUACCUUUGUCCGUCCAGCAGACGUCAGUCAGUCGAUUUCUGGUAGCGUAUUUAUGCAAGCGGUAAGGCCUCACGGCGCGGGCCUUGGUCACGGCGUUUCUCUUGGACGUGGUUGCUCCAUACGGGUGAAAUUCAAAGUGUGCCGACGAUGCUAUGAAUGCCCCCUCUUCCGAUGCUGUCUCCGUCGCACUUCUCCGAAACACGACGGUUUUCCGUUUCCCUGCUCCCCGCAGCACGCUGGGCGUCGGGUCAGGGACAUGGAAGUGACAGGCAUGACACGCACAGUGCAAUGUAAACGGAGGCGCUGCAAGCCCGGUACCGCCAUGGCGUCGUAGUGAUGUUGCAAUUUGCUAUCUUCAGUCUGUCUGUUUCUCGAGGAAACUUGGGUCAGCUCGAACGCGUGACUCGAACUUCCGCCACCAGUCCUCAAAAGCUCUCAACGGAACCACCUCGACACCCCCUGUGCCAGCUGUGCCGCUAAAACUGGCCAGGAAGUUGAACGCGUUUUGGAUGAUGCGUUGGGCAAGAAUGGCCGUCGACGGCCGAGCGGUAGAAGCGACGGCACCAGUGGUCUUGCUGGCGGUAAGCUCCUGGAGACGUUGGCCAACGGUGUCGGCGGGCUCAACGGACACGCCGAUCACAAGGCCGCUGGCCUCGGGCGACGAAGAGGCAGAGGCCGAAGAGCCGCCGCCGACCUUGAACAUGGCGCUCUCCUUGCCGGGCCCGAUGCCGCCGAGAAAUCGGAAGUUGGGGGUGCCGCCAGACUGGGCGGCUGCGGCGACCUCGGUGGCGGUGGCGAGGUAUAUCGCGGCCGCUGUGUUUUCAGGAAGGACGACAUUGGGGAGUAGAAAGACGACUAUGUGCGAGUAGCUCUUGUUGGUGGGCAGCGCGUAGAGAAAGGACGUCACAGACGGCGUCGAUGUCGGUUCCGUGAUGAGUGGCAAGCCCGCGGGGACAAUGCCGAAGAGCGGCCCAGACAUGGCUCUAUCUUGUUCGCUGCGUAUGCAUAGAUGCGAAUUUGCAAGCGAG